CUCAUUGUUAGGAUCAAGGAAAGGACAAGACAGCCCAUUUGCUGCGGUCAGUGUUGUGCGCUCCGCAGUGUGUGAGAACAGUGAAUGCUGAUCUGAGAAGUCGGAUAGUGCGAUAGUGGGUUGGAUAGUGGUCGCAACUCCGGGUUGGGAAGAGACAAUUUCACAACAGUGACAUCACCUCUGAUCUGCGCAUUUAGGCUACAAUCCGCACAAGGUGGGACAGUCAGAAAAUCACAAGCGCGGGUCAUCCUCGAGAAAAAGGGAAGCAGAGGGACACAAAUGUGAGCGACACAGCGAGGUGCAGUGAUUUCACAGGUGCAGUGAAAUCAAACUGGCGGUUCUCUUAGGAUGCAGAAGUCACCGGUGGAAGAUGCAAACUUUCUCUCCAAAUAUUUCUUCUGGUGGACAUCUCCACUGUUGAGGAAGGGCUUCAGAAAGAAGUUGGAGUUGACAGAUGUUUAUAAAGCACCAUAUUUUGAUCUCGCAGACAAUCUUUCCGAACGACUCGAUAGAGAAUGGGACCGAGAAGUGGCAUCGGCCAAGAAGAAGCCUCGGCUCUUGCGGGCUCUCUCCCGUUGUUUCCUCUGGCCUUUUGUGUUCUACGGAAUCCUGCUGUACUUUGGGGAGGCGUCGAAGACAGUGCAGCCCCAGCUCCUGGGUCGUAUAAUCGGCUCGUUUGACCCCAUCCAUGCCCCUGAGCGGGAGCAGGGUUACUACCUAGCCCUAGGUCUCUGUCUUCUCUUCACCGCUCGCUUCCUGCUCCUGCAGCCAGCCAUCUUUGGACUGCACCACCUGGGCAUGCAGAUACGCAUCGCUCUCUUCAGCCUCAUCUAUAAGAAGACUCUGAAGCUGUCCAGCCGGGUCCUGGACAAGAUCAGCACAGGUCAGCUGGUCAGCCUGAUGUCAGCCCACCUCAACAAGCUGGAUGAGAGUCUUGGCCUGGCCCACUUUGUGUGGAUCACCCCUCUGCAGUGCAUCCUGUGUGUGGGGUUGAUCUGGGAGCUGAUCGAGGUGAAUGGUUUCUGUGCCCUGGCUGCCCUCACCCUGCUGGGCAUCAUACAGGCCUGCCUCUCUCAGAAGAUGGGGCCUCACAGGCAGAAAAGAGCAGGGUUAAUCAGCAGGCGUCUGGCUCUGACCUCAGAGAUCGUAGAGAACAUCCACUCAGUGAAGGCCUACGGCUGGGAGGAGGUGAUGGAGACCAUCAUCAAGAACAUCAGACAGGAUGAGAUGACGCUGACGAGGAAGAUUGGUUCUCUGCGGUACUUCUACAGUGCCUCCUACUUCUUCUCUGCCAUCCUGGUCAUUGUGUCAGCUAUCGUGCCCCACGCCCUCAGCAAGGGCAUCAUCCUGAGAAGUAUCUUCACCACAGCCUCUUACCUCAUGGUGCUCCGUAUGACCCUCACCAGACAGCUGCCCGGCUCCAUACAGAUGUGGUACGACACCCUGGCGCUGGUCACAAAGAUAGAGGAAUACCUCUGUAAAGAGGAGUACAAAGUAUUAGAGUACAACCUGACCACCACUGAGAUAGAGCUGGUGAACGUGACCGCCUCCUGGGAUGAGGGUAUCGGGGAGUUGUUUGAGAAGAUAAAGCAGGAGAACAAGUCUAACGGCCACCCUAACGGUGACGUAGGGCUGUUCUUCACCAACCUAUAUGUUACUCCCGUCCUCAAGAACAUCAGCCUGUAUCUGGAGAAGGGACAGAUGCUGGCCGUGGCUGGGUCCACCGGCUCUGGAAAGAGUUCGCUGCUGAUGAUGAUCCUGGGAGAGCUGGUCCCGUCAGAGGGGAAGAUCAAACACAGUGGGCGGAUCUCCUUCUCCCCCCAGACCUCCUGGAUCAUGCCCGGAACCAUCCGUGACAACAUCCUGUUUGGUCUGACCUACGACGAAUUCCGCUACACCUCUGUCAUCAAGGCAUGUCAGCUGGAGGAGGAUCUGGCCCUGCUGCCGGAGAAAGACAAGACCCCCCUUAUGGAGGGAGGGGUGACCCUUAGUGGAGGUCAGAGGGCAAGGAUAGGUCUGGCCAGAGCCGUGUACAAGGAUGCUGACCUCUACCUGUUGGAUUCGCCUUUCACCCACCUGGACAUUGUGACGGAGAAAGAGAUCUUUGAGAGGUGUCUGUGUAAACUGAUGUCCUCCAAGACUCGUAUCGUGGUCACUAGUAAGCUGGACCACCUUAAGAGAGCAGACAAGAUCCUUCUGCUUCACAACGGAGUGUGUUACUUCUACGGCUCCUUCUCCCAGCUGCAGGCCAAGAGACCAGACUUCAGCUCCCUGCUCCUGGGCCUGGAGGCCUACGACAACAUCAAAGCCGAACGCCGCAGCUCCAUCCUCACUGAGACCCUCCGACGUGUCUCCAUCGACGAAUCCGCUGUCCUCCGUGGCCACGAGCCCAUCCGCCAGUCCUUCCGCCAGCCCCCGCCUUCGGUCAUCAACGGCAACACGGGACCUCAAGGCAUCACCAUCGCCGGGGGCGACGGUCUCACAGUGGUGGAGAAACGUAAACAGUCGAUAAUCUUAAAUCCAUUAGCAACGGCACGUAAGUUCUCCUUCAUCGGUACUGGGCCCCAAAACAGCCAGGCUCCAACCCCAGGGUCCACUACCAUCGAGGAUGGCGUGCGGGAGCUGUCGGAGAGGAAGUUCUCUGUGGUGCCCGAGGAUGAUCAGGUGGAAGAGUCGCUGCCUCGGGGGAACCUGUACCAUGACGGUCUGCAGCACCUGAGCGGGCAGCGGCGCCAGUCUGUGCUGCAGUUCAUCACCAACGCACAGGGGCAGGGCAGGAGGGAGCAGCUCCAGACAUCCUUCAGGAAGAAGCUGUCCGUCACGCCGCAGUGCGAGCUGGCCUCGGAGCUGGACAUCUACGCACGACGCCUGUCCAAAGAUAGUGUUUAUGACAUCAGUGAGGAUGUGGAUGAGGAGGACAUGGAGCAAUGCUUUGCAGAUGAGCGUGAGAACGUGUUUGAGACAACGUCGUGGAACACCUAUCUGCGUUACAUCUUCACCAACAGGAACCUGGUCUACGUCCUCAUCUUCAUCUUCAUCAUCUUCGCUCUCGAGGUUGCUGGCUCUGUCCUGGGGAUAUUUCUUAUCACAGAUAAGAUCUGGACAGAGGAGGCCAACCCAUCGGCGCCUAACUACGUAGACCAACAACACUCCAACGCCUCGUCACCUGCCGUCCAACAGUCAGUCAUCGUCACGCCAACCAGCGCCUAUUACAUCAUCUACAUCUACGUGGCGACGUCGGAGAGCGUUCUGGCGCUGGGGUUCUUCAGAGGCCUGCCACUGGUCCACACCUUACUGACCGUGUCCAAGAGGCUGCAUGAACAGAUGCUCACUGCUGUGCUCAGGGCCCCCAUGGCUGUACUCAACACUAUGAAAACAGGUCGGAUCAUGAACAGGUUCACUAAAGACAUGGCCACCAUCGAUGACAUGCUUCCUCUUGUACUGUUUGACCUCAUCCAGUUAACUCUGAUCGUGUUGGGAGCAAUCUUCACUGUGUCCAUCAUGCGGCCGUACAUCUUCAUCGCCGCGAUCCCAUUGGCCGUCAUAUUCGUGGUCCUGAGGAAGUACUUCCUGCGUACCGGACAACAGCUGAAACAACUAGAAGCUGAGGCCCGAAGCCCUAUCUUCUCUCACCUCAUCAUCUCUCUAAAGGGUCUGUGGACCAUCCGUGCGUUUGGACGUCAGUGCUACUUUGAGACGUUGUUCCACAAGGCCAUGAACACCCACACGGCCAUAUGGUUCCACUACCUCUCCACGUUGCGAUGGUUCCUCUUCCGCUGUGACAUCAUCUUCGUCUUCUUCUUCAGUGCCGCAGCCUUCAUCGCCGUGGGAACCAACCAGGACAAGCCAGGGGAGAUUGGCAUCAUCGUGGCCUUAGCCAUGCUUAUCCUUGGUACGUUCCAAUGGGCUGUCAUCACCAGCAUCACUGUGGACGGACUGAUGCGAUCGGUAGAUCGGGUCUUCAAGUUCAUCGACUUGCCGCAGGAGGAGCCUAGACCCAGUGGUGGUGGUAAAGUCACAGACCUGGUCCUCGACAAUCCCCACGCACAAGACUGCUGGCCCAACCAGGGCCACAUGGAUGUCCAGGGGCUGACUGUCAAGUAUACAGAGGCCGGACGCUCUGUGCUGCAGAACCUGUCCUUCACCGUGGAAGCAGGCCAAAGUGUGGGUGUGUUGGGGAGGACGGGCUCAGGGAAGAGCACCUUGCUCUCUGCCCUGCUGCGCCUGGCCUCUACAGAUGGAGAGAUCUCCAUUGACGGGGUCUCCUGGAACUCUGUCACACUACAGACCUGGAGAAAAGCCUUCGGAGUGGUGCCACAGAAAAUCUUCAUCCUGACUGGAACAUUCCGUAUGAACCUGGAUCCACACGCUUGCCACAGUGACGAGGAACUGUGGCGGGUGGCUGAGGAGGUGGGUCUGAAGUCCGUGAUAGAGCAGUUCCCAGACAAGCUGGACUUCCAGCUGGAGGACGGGGGUUAUGUCCUGAGUAACGGACACAAGCAGCUCAUGUGUUUGGCCCGCUCCAUCCUCAGCAAGGCCCGCAUACUGCUGCUGGACGAACCCAGCGCCUACCUCGACCCCAUAACAUUGCAGGUCCUGAGGAAGACGCUGAAACAGUCUUUCUCCAACUGUACAGUCAUACUGUCAGAACACAGAGUGGAACCACUGCUGGAGUGCCAGUCCUUCCUGAUGAUCGAGGGCAGUUCUAUGAAGCGGUAUGACUCCAUUCAAAAGCUUUUGAACGAGACCAGCCACCUGAAGCAGGCCAUAAGUGCUGCUGAGCGCCUCAAACUCUUCCCCCUGCACCGCCUCAACUCCAGCAAGCGACCCCCUCAAUCCCAGCAGCCCAAGAUCACCGCCCUGCAAGAGGAGGCUGAGGAUGAGGUCCAGGACACACGUCUGUAAGGAGGAGCACCUGACUAACUGGAUGACAUUUUGUCUUCUGAAAUGCUCUUUCUCAAUUAAACUUUCCUCGUUUCCUUGCAUCCUCUCUCCUCGACUCCUUUUCAAAAACAUUGGAGAAGUAGGCCUGGGAGGAGGGACCUUGGACCUUCUCCAAUAUGGUUGAGACGGAGGUAAGGAGAUAGGAUGCAAGGAGUUGUGAAAAGACAAACGGAGAAAGAGCCAAGUUCCCUUUAAUGUAGAUGAUAACAGUAUGAAUGUGAGAUGUGGUCUGUCCCUUUCUUUGGCGGGUCCUUAUUGGUACAGGUAUGGCUCUGUUCAGUCAAAAACACCAUCCAGGUGUUUCCAGAGGGAGGUUUUGUUGAAUUUUAAUAACAUUGGGAUGCUAGUUUUGUUUGAAUAUAAGCCCAUACUUUUUGGCCAAGAUUGUAAAGUAUAGGGUCCCUAACCCCAAUGGAAAGCUGCCUGUAAAUGCAGAGUACGGUGAAGUUGCCCACAGACACUGAUCUGACUUUUGUUUCCCUCGCCAUGCUUAAGGUUAGUGCCUCAGGGCAACUUAUAUUCAAAGCUGUAAAUACACAAAACAGGAAUGAGAAUGAUGGGUGAUGCUAUGGACAAGUGAUUAACCUGAAGUAGCCUUAUUUGUUCUAUUUGUAUGCACUUUAAAGAAACCUGAGGUACUCUUUAGUUUUUUCAUGGUGGUCUGGCGGGUUAAUAGCAAGGAAAAUAAAUGAUCAAAUGCAAAAAAAGAAAAAAGAAACCCGCUUUUUUAAAUGUGAUUUGUCAAGCGUCCUUUGUUACUGUGGUUACUGGUCAGACUGAAUUCUAACUGUGACAAUGGCAGAGUUUUUUACAGUGUAAAUGAAAAAAACAAAGCUAUUUCUUAUUCAUAGGAAAGGGACACACAUGUCCAAAAAUGUAUAAACGACGUGUUUUGUUUUUCCAGAAUCAAGAAUAUUUUGUUUUCACUUGAUUAUAUUUCCAGUAAAACGAUUUUUUUUAAA